AUGUCCGGCGGUUUCUGGCUGGUCCGUGUCCCUCCAUCGCCCUCCAUCGCCCUCCAUCGCCCUCCAUCGCCCUUCAUCGCCCUCCAUCGCCCUCCAUCUCCCUCCGUCUCCCUCCAUCUCCCUCCAUCUCCCUCCAUCUCCCUCCAUCCCUCCAUCUUCUUGACACCUUCCGUGGCUUCGUUGUUCUCGUUAUCACUUCUUUCUUCCGUGGCCGUCACAAACGGCCUGAACAGAAGCUUCUGCACGGCACACCUCCCUCGCAGCAUUGCCACUCUCACUCUCAAAGUCGACCCGCCACAAGGCACUACAGAUUCCAAGGAUAGCAUUGAAGCCAAUCCCUCUCAGGCCACCAGCGAGGUGACUUUUGAGUCGACUCAAAAUUCCCCUGAUUCCAAGAGCAGCAGUGCAGCAGCUGAGUUCUCUCAAGGCACUGGCGGCGAUUCAAAAGACAGCACCGGAGGAAAGGGAGACGGGGAUGGGGAGGGAAAGAAGACGGAUGUGAAAGCAGAUCGAAAACGGGCGAGGAGUGGAAAGCAGGAGCCGCAGGAGGGGGGUUCGGAGGAGGGGGAGUUUCAGCAGCUGCUGGGGGAGAGGAGGGCGGUGAUGGGGGGGGUGUAUGCGGUUGGGGAGGGCGAGUGGCGAGCCACAUACCUGCCGCACAAGACAGGGUUGAGUGGCGGGUGGCGGGGGUUUGCUUUGGAUCAGGAGCUGGAUGCGGGUGAUGCCGUGGUGUUUGAGAAGAUGGACCCGCACACACUCAAGGUUCACAUCUUCAGAGCAGCAGACUUUGAAGAGCAGGCACUGGAGAUCAAGUCGGAGGGCAGGUCAGGCAGUAGCAAGAGGAGAAUGAAGACCUGA